AUGGCGGAAGCUGCUUCACCGGCAUGCAGUGACGUUGCGCUUCGUCUCGGACAGCACCCACGAGCUCCCGACACCACGGCUGAUUUCGAACUACAAUGGCCUCGCUAUCCAGAGAGGUUGCAACCCGUCCUGUCUCAAUGCCAGACCAAGGAACAAGUCGAUCGCGAGCUGCGCGACGACUAUGAGAUUCACCGUCGUUCUGCGAACAUGACCCUGCAUGAGUACCUGGACACCCUGCGGCGGGUGCAUGCCGAGGAGCGGUCGAGGUAUAUCCACGAACUAUGUCCCUCCCAAGAAAAGGGUUCGUCGACAGUCGUAGCCGUGGAGUUGAGAGAACCAGACUCGAAUGCGCCAGACAACACGACGACGAGGGAGCAAUGGCGCCUCAAGAUCCUUGGCGACAGCCUUUCGCGAGACCUGCUGGCCAUGCAAGAAACCCUCGAGCUGCUGCUCAUCGCGAGAAAGAAGCCGGAACAAUCAUCCAGCAAAUGGGAUCUAUUCCUUCCCAGAUUCUGGUUCUGUGUCGGCUUGCUGUGA